UAAGGGGAUUAGGUUUGGUUAGAUCCUGCUAAGCUUUCUUCUCUCUGAUCCCAGAUCCAAGAAGACUGCUUUGAUUCUGUCCGUUCUUGUUGGCAACACGUGGUUUCGAGUUCCUUGCACUGUACAAUUUAAUAUCAAUAAUUUUUGAACUACUCAUAACGGCGGUUUGCACGAAUCUAAAACUUUAUUUUUUUUCUCAGAAAAAGGAUAAUUCGAGCGAUCAGAUAUUCUAAUUCCGCUUGUUAUUCGCAUAACGGAUUCGGCUUUUGUUAACCAGCCUUUGUUUUUGGUCAUUAUUGCUCUUCUCAAAUUCCUUUUUUCAUUAUUCCUUAUCUUCGACCAUUCUAUAUCAUCUUUCUUCGCCUCACGGAGGAAGGGCAACGUGAAAAGGAAGAUCUGCAAGCUUCGCAAUUUAUACGUUUCUUACAGAACUAUCUCACUUAAACAAGCAGUCGAUGCAAUAUAAGACCAUUCAAUAGAGGCCAACAAAGCUAGAAGACACUUUAGUUGACGCUUCUGCAGUAGCAAUGCUUAAUCUUCAUCCUGAAAUUUGUAUAAACUUGGCAAGACUCAUCUUCAUCAAAAAAUUAGAACACAUGGACUUAUCGAUGCAGUAGUUUCAUUUGAUAUGAAACAGAAAUCUAAGAAAUAAUAAUAAAUGUGCACAGGACGAUCAUGUGCGAUUUGACGUCAACUCGCAAAAUUACAAAAUCUAACGUGAAAAGAGCUGUGAAACUGAUAGCAAAACAUAAGACUGAUAAAAAACGGCGAAGGGAUGCGGAGGAAGUGAGAGCGAACGAUCGCAAGGCUCAUUAUUGCAAGAGAUUUCAGGAUGGCAGAAGAGGCAGAACGUCACUUGUAGGAUUCUCAAAGAGUUUGGCCUUAUCGGAGAUGCAAUCUUACAUCGCUCGUCAAGACUGGAAGAGUGCAUUGAAAUUGUUUCCCAAACUCUUGGAAUAUCCAGUUGAAUUGGAACCUCUGAUAUGGCGAUACGCAUUCAUUAUUUUAUUACAUACAAAUGAUCCGUUGCAUCUCCAGCAAUUCUUGGAGCAAUGCAUCGGUACUCAAAGUUCAGAUAACGAAGUACUGUUAAGAAGAUUACUGUUGUUACCUCUCGAGAAGUGAUCAGAAUUAAUAAGGCUGUGAGGAGUGAUCAGAGUUAAAUAAGGCUAUUUCGCAUUGUAUUAUAUUCAUGUUAAGUCAAUACGUCAUCAUUUUUGUGUUACGUACAAAAACCUUUGUACAAUAAUUUUAUUACAUAUGAUUGUACACUACAUAUUUCUGCUAUUAUACAUUCAUCCUCCACUUUAAUAAUGCAUUAGAUUAUUAUUUAUUUAUAUAAACGCCAAAUAAGGCUACGCUCUAUUUGGCGAUCACCUUUAUUCUUUGCUGCAUUUCUAUUUUGAACCAGAAAAUUGAAAUGAUUCUAUGUCGCGAUCGCCAAGUUUAACGUAGCUUGAGAAAGCAGUUUGUGAAAUUAUUACAAGUAUUAUACAGAAAGAUGUAUAUUAUCUUUUGUAUGUAAUAUAGUCUUUGCUUACUUUCUUA